GAUUUGUCCCUGUUCGCAGGGAACAAUCGUUCUCUCCAAUGGUCAUGCGAGAGAGGUUGGACAUCAGUCCUGGCACUCCACUGAUUAGCAGUCAGAUGGGCGAGGUGCAGGGUGGUACGCCCACCUGGGCUGCUAGCCGGGUGAUGGACUCAUGAUUCGGCGUCGAGCUGUUCUGAGCCAAGGUCAUGUUCAGGACGCCGCAGCUGCUGUUCCCCAGAUCAUUCGAGAUAUGCAGGUGGCUUUAGGAACAGCUCCAAAUUAAAUGUGGACACCUCGCAGAUAACUACGAUCCCAGCAGAUGUGCAGAUUGGUGCUCCUUCACAGAUGUCCAUGGUCCCAGGACUUUCUUUGGAUAUCCUUGGUCCUCGAAGCCCUGGAGCAGUGUCAGCGCCAUCGGUGACCGAGGAGAUGCAGCAAGAGAUGGGGGCCUCACAAGGUUCAGAGGUCUCAAUGCGGGCUUCGUCGGAGUUUGAGCUUCGAGAUUCAGGGAGCUGGGCAGGCAGUUGGCGAGUGUGCCACGGGCGCAGGAAAACAGGCCCGCUUUGGUGCCUCAAGCAUUGGUUCCACCGGAUUUUUUUUUUGCGAAUGAUGAACUUGCAAGACGAACUCAGGGAAGCUCAAGUCAACUUGGCCGUUCAGACAGCAAGGAACGAGAUCGCUUCUGCCAAGCAACAGGUGGCCGAAAGGUCGCUGGAACUGGUGAAUCAGAGGAUGCAGCUUCUGGAACAAGAGAAGGAUGAAUGGAAAAGACGGGUAGGGGAAAUGCAGCCUGAGCCGUUGGAGACGCAGCGUUAUGAGGCGGCAUCAGCACCAAGAGCUGCAGGCCAACCGGCCAGAGAUGAGGGUGUGCCUUCGCCGGAUCUCGGUGAGGUGCAGGUCAAGGACGAGUUGGAUGAGAAGGGCACAGCGCUGGUGCCAGUGAAGACCUACGAGGAGGGAUCAGGUGAUGGACCUGUGUGGAAGUUGCUGCAAGUACUCUCCUGCUGCAUGUGGCAUUGCGAGCAGACGCACGGUGGUGCCAACCCCAAGCAAACUGACAAAAGUGCGGUGCAUCGGCAUCAUCAGUUGGCUGAUGCCGUCGUCCUCACUGACGAAGACAAGAGAUGGCGUGACCAGAAGAUUCUCAAGUUCCACAAGGCCACGGCCAAGGUGGCGGUCAAAAAAGAAAGCUGA